GGCGCCCGGUUCUUGUACCUCCAUGUCCGUUCUUGUAGAGAUGUUCUGUUCCACGUGGGCGGCCGGGACACGAUCCGUCGGUCGAACCUGGAGCGAGGCUCUGGGUCACGCGACGCGAGCGCCCGAAAAGUUCCUCGCGAGGCCCGGAGGCGUGACCGCGACCAGCCGAGUUUGGCGCUGAUCGGGUCGUCGUGCAGAAACUCACUUGCUGCUCGGCUCUCUGGCCUAUGGCUCCCUCCCUUCCUCAGUGUGUGAGCAUGUGGAUUGCAGGCCAAGACUCGAGUGAAGCACUUUCGAGCAGCUCAUUCAUCACUUCCCAUUGGCCAGCGCAAUUCUUCCGUCAAGAUCUGCCUCGUACAUGCGACAUCGGUUACCUCGGCAACAAGCUAUGUCAUUCGGUUCACCCUUUCUCGGUACCGUGUGUACUGGACUCUGCGUACUGGAAGCUCGUAAUAAUUGCGCAUUUCCAGUUCUACCAGAGCUUCGCCCAGCACCCGACGAGGCUCUUUCUACGGAGGCCUGUUCCUUGCGUGGAGCCGGCGUAGGUCGAGUCCCACAGCGAACCCGUUCGCUCGUCCAUCAGAACAAGUUUUCGUUGUUACUAUGGUAGACCCUGUUCACAAAACGGGCUGAUUCCCCUAUUUUGAUCUUUUCACUUCAUUCGUAAUAUGUCAAGUGAAU